GGGGGCUUCCGGUGCCGACCUAUGGCUGAAAGAUGCAGAGGAAGAAAUUCAUCAAAGGAAAGACAAAAUCCCGCAAAGGAAAGAAGAGCGGUAAAAGGGAGACUAAAGAUUUAGACGUAGAAAAAGGUCAAGCUAAUGAUGCCCUAAGGGAGAUGAAGCUCAAGUUAACUAAACAAAGUCUCACGGACUAUCGCGAGACCUGCCGCCAGCUGGCUCGUGCCAACGAUGAGUUGACCAAUCAGCUGUCACACGCUGAGCGGGAAAUCCUGGAUGCUACCGCCCACUGGCAGAGGCUGGAAGCGGACAAAGACGGGAAGAUUAAUGUGCUCCAGAGCGCACUCAAAACCCAAGAGGCUAUUGCUUGGGAGCAGCAAAACAAACUGCGAUCGAUGGCGCGACGAAGGACUUCACCCGAUCACAGAUGCGGUUGGCGGCUAGAGUCGGCUAGCGCGUCUGCUAUCCAAAUUGACCAUUACACACUUGAAGUCAACGAAAUGAAGGAACUAUUCAGGAAGAAAGCUAGUGAGUUUGAGAUGAUACAAAAUGGAAUGAAGAAAAUUGAAGAGUUCCAGACGACAAAAGCACAAAUGGAACAGGAGCUCAGCAAUAUCCGUAAAAGUAUAAAACUCACUAAGAAGGAGUACGGGGAAAACCUCAACAAUAUGGAGUACAGAUUCUUCAAAGAAAAGGCUCGCCUGGAGAAUGAUGCUGAGCAAAUGAUAGCACAAGUGGAAGAGCAGGCCCACCAUGAAGCUGUUGUGCAGCUAGAUGACACCUCACGCUGUGUGUUCAAGGAGAACGUUCGUCUCAAUGAAACACUGAAACACCACAUGAAGGAGGUUGAGAGCUUGCAGAAACUGGCAAACUCAUUGGCAAAGGAAAACUCAUCUCUGGCACUGGACAAGAAGACACUGGAGAUGAUGGCAAAGAAGAAUGCAUCCCAGAUGGUGGCCCAAAAAGAAGAGUUAAUUCAGUUGAAAGUAAAAGUAGCUUCUCUGGAGCAAAACACUGCUGAACAAGGCCAUCCCAAGGAGAAGAUGCUGGUCAGCUCACAGACCAGCAAAUUAGAGUUGGAGAAGCUCAAGAGGGUGCUCUCCAUGCGGGAGAAAGAACUGAAGCACAUCAAGAGGUUAGCAAGCACCAUUGUGGCGCAGCGCACAGAGCUGGAGCAAUUUUUCCACGAGGCGCUGGCUCAGGUGAAGGAGGAAAUAGUUGCCAGCCGGCUGCAAUACAAGAAGGAGGCACAGCAGGUUUAUCACUUCACAGUCAAAAAGGCAGAUGCAGGAAAACUCAAGUUCCCGCCAAUACGCACCUUCCAUAACACUCCUCCCAGCACCAACUCCGUUUACUCAGACAUUGAGGCGGCUGCUAGGUGGACACAUGGGCUUGGGAGCCAAGUGGAAAUGUCGGACCUGACGUGGGAGGAGAAGGAACAAGUGCUUCGACUUCUGUUUGCUAAAAUGAACAGACAAAAGACACGGAGAACCAACAAUCCAGUGGCAUCCCCGUCCGUCUGAGAAGACGUUCCACAGUGACAGUUCUGUUGCUGGAGAGAAGCUCUGCGCGCCGUCAACCUUCAUUACUCAAGCUCCUGACUCCCUCCUGCCCGCAAACUCCAACCAUGGGUAGACGCACCAUGUGACCUCUGGUCCACCAUUACACUUUGGAUUGUCUUUGUCACAAGUAUCACACCUCAUUUUCACUUUUCCAACCAUGUUGGGUGCAGUGUUAUUCUAAAUACUCAUGGUUGAUUGACAUAUUUGGAUACACUUUGACUCUGUCUUGUUUAUCUAAACAUGUUAUUCUGGAUUCUAGCCUUCCAACUUCAUGUUUUGUUUUGGCAAGGUCCAUGCAUGUCCAAACAACAUCCUUAUCUUGUAGAAAGUAUUCCCAUAAGAGUAGAUGCUGCAAAGUGAAGAACAACUCCACAUUUUCCAUUACUUUAGCUCUAAUGACCAGGUGUCCCAAUAUUUAAUGUGGAAAUAAAUACCAGCAUUAUGUGCACAAAGCAUCAUUCACUGGCAAGAUAAUCCAUAUAGAUACUGUUGUCAUACACAAUCUUUAAAAAGGGAACUACUGUACUAUUUAUUAGCAAUUGCCACUGAGUCAUUGAACAGUCAUUUCCAUUUCGUCACUUUGCAACCAUGGGACUGCUUUUCUAGCGUCCCAUGGUUGGCAUGGUAACGGCUGGACUCUUGAGGGUAGCAUCCUCAGCUUUCCAUUGUGAGGUUAUGGUUUUGAUCUGCGUAUAGAAUUGAAUGCCCUGGACACAAAUAAACA